AUGGCGCUCCCGGGUCGUGCCGCCAGACUUUCGUGUAACACAGUGGAUGCCUGUAUAAAAACCUCUGGAGUGUGCAUCUGCCCACGGGAAACGGCUCUCUGCUGCAGCAGCUCUUUUGCCAUGAUCUCUGCAGAACAGCCAUCAGUCCCCAACAAAAUUCAAAGGGCAAUGGACUCCCAAACUGAGGAAGAAGCAACCUGUGAAGAGCACUCCAAAAACUGCACUUGCAGCUCCAAGAGUUCCCCUUCAACAUCAGAAUCCAGCUCAGAUUCACCAGUAACUCUUAAAAUACUACAGAACUGGGUUCCCAGAGCUUCACACCACUUUGAUAAAGAGCACUACACAUAUGCUGGCCACCAUAUUGUUGUUCAGGAGUCCAUAGAACACUUUGGGACCGUGGUGUGGCCGGGGGCACUGGCUUUAUCUCAAUAUCUGGAAUCAAAUCAAGAACAAUUCAACCUCAAAGACAAAAAAGUCUUGGAAAUUGGUGCUGGAACAGGCUUGGUUUCCAUUGUGGCCUGUAUCUUGGGAGCUUAUGUUACAGCUACUGAUUUGCCUGAAGUUCUUGAAAACCUCUCGUAUAAUAUUUCAAGAAAUACAAAAAACACAGAUAUGCACAAACCUGAAGUGAGAAAACUUGUAUGGGGAGAAAGCCUCAAUGAAGACUUUCCUGUAUCAACUUACCAUUAUGAUUUCUUACUGGCAACUGAUGUUGUGUACCCUCAUGCAGUUGUGGAACCCCUGCUAGCAACAAUGGUGUAUUUCUGUAAGCCAGGAACAGUACUACUAUGGGCAAAUAAAUUCAGAUUCAGUACAGACUAUGAAUUUUUGGAAAAAGUUUGCAAUAUAUUUAACACAACCAUUCUAGCAGAAUUUCCAGAAUCAAAUGUCAAGCUGCUUAAAGCCACAGUAAGAGAGAAUUAA